CCUUCCUCUGCUCUCUAUCUAUAUUUUUCUAUAUAGACAUUAGACAUAUAUAGAGAGAGCUUUAAAUUUAAGUUUAAUUAUAUACUACAUGUGAGAAUCAAUAUGAGCGUCGACGGCGAUUGUCCUCCGGCGGCGAUGGAGUCGGUAGCGGUGGCCGUAAAAGGCGGAGGCGGCGGUUUGGGGGGAUCAGGUAGCCGACGAGCAGUCCAGUGGGCGGUGCAAAAUCUCAUGCCUAAAGCCGAUCGUUUUGUUCUAAUUCACGUCAUGCCCACCAUCACCUCCAUCCCAACUCCAUCAGGAGAUAGUAUCCCUAUUGAGGAGCUGAAUACAAAUGCGGUGUCGAUGUAUGUGGAGGACGUGAAAGUAAAGCUUGAGGAGAUCUUUUUACCAUUCAUCAAAAUGUGCAGACCAAGAAAUGUGGAGACUGUGGUCCUGGAAGGUGACAAUCCUGCAGCAACACUUCUAAGAUAUAUAUCUGACUCGGGCAUAAGAAGUUUAGUAUUAGGCUCUUGCUCGUCCAAUUGCUUUACAAGGAAGCUAAAGGGCCCCGAGGUACCAUCAACUGUUAUGAAACAUGCUCCUGACGCGUGUGAUAUCUACAUACUGUCAAGACAAAGGCUCAUCACAAAUUUAGCUGACUGCUUGUCAACUAGUGAGAACAGCUCUAAACACUGGUUGUUUACUCAAAGAGAACGUGGUUCUCGAAGCAUUAAGAAUAUAAAACCUGAAUUUUAUUCUUCCUCUGCGGGAUGUAAAGUUCAGACCACUUCUGGUGCAUCAUCAAUGUCGAAUCCUAGUUUCCUAAAUUCUCAAGCCUUAAAGCAUAAGAGUUCUCCCGUUCAUUCUAGUGCAGUCCAGGAAAUAAAUCAUCGGAGCUUGGGAGAUAGUAUCUCGGAGAUUCAGACAAUCAAGGGAUGCCCUUCUGUGGCUUCUAUAUCCACAGAGCAGUCCGAUGUACAGGCUGAAGUAGAUCAACUGCGCCUAGAAUUACAGAACACUGUUGCCAUGUACAAUAGAGCUUGUGAAGACCUGGUCCUUGCCCAAAACAAGGUCCACUUGGUUUCUUCUGAAUACCUCAAUGAGGCAAGAAGAGUCAAUGCUGCCAUGAAAAGAGAAGAAACUCACAGGAAAAACGCUGCUGAAGAGAAAGAGAAGCAUUUGGAAGCUGUUAAGGAAGUUGAGAUGGCAAGAAAUUUGCUUGCUAAAGAGGCUUAUGAAAGGCAGAUAGCCGAACUGAAAGCCCUCAAAGAGUCCUUGGAGAAACAGAAAAUCGUCGACGCACUCUUAUCAAAUGAUAGACGGUACAAGAGGUACACUAGGGAGGAAAUAGAGAUCGCUACUGAUUUCUUCUCUGAGACUAAGAUGGUUGGUGAAGGGGCAUAUGGAAAAGUUUACAGAUGCAGUCUUGAUCACACCCCAGUAGCUGUCAAAGUUCUUCGGCCCGAUGCAUCUGACAAGAAAGAAGAGUUUCUGAGAGAGGUUGAAGUUCUUAGCCAACUACGCCAUCCACACAUGGUUUUACUUCUUGGAGCCUGUCCAGAGAGUGGUUGCCUGGUUUAUGAAUAUAUGGAAAAUGGGAGCCUGGAGGAUCAAAUUUUCCGCCGGAGCGGUAGACCUUCUCUUCCUUGGUUUGUUCGAUUCCGGAUAGUGUUUGAAGUAGCUUGUGGACUUGCAUUUUUACACAGCUCAAAGCCAGAGCCUAUUGUUCAUCGGGAUCUAAAACCAGGAAAUAUCUUGCUAGACAGAAAUUAUGUGAGCAAAAUCGGAGAUGUUGGGCUGGCAAAACUCAUUUCAGAUGUUGUGCCUGACAACAUCACAGAAUAUAGAGACUCCAUUCUUGCUGGUACUCUCUACUACAUGGAUCCAGAGUAUCAAAGAACUGGCACCCUCCGGCCCAAAUCUGAUCUAUAUGCUUUUGGAAUCAUAACCCUCCAAUUGCUGGCUGCUUGCCAUCCCAAUGGGCUUUUAUUGAAAGUUGAAAAUGCUAUUAACAAUGGAUCAUUCUCAGACAUACUGGAUAGGUCAGUUACAGAUUGGCCAAUUGCUGAGGCUGAGGAACUGGCUGGGAUGGCACUGAAAUGCUCCGGACUUAGAUGCAGGGAUAGGCCAGAUCUUGAAACUGAAGUUCUGCCAGUUUUGAGGAAACUCGCUGAUAUUGCAGAUGCUAGUAUAAAGCUGGAAAGAAACAAUAUUAAUGCACCUAGCCACUACUUCUGCCCAAUCCUUCAGGAUAUAAUGGAUGAUCCGCACAUUGCGGCUGAUGGUUUUACAUAUGAGCAUAGAGCAAUAAAGGCAUGGCUUGAGAGACACAAAGUAUCGCCAGUAACAAAGCUCAGACUGCAGCAUACAAUGCUGACUCCAAACCACACUUUACGUUCUGCCAUACAAGAGUGGAGUUCGCGUGUGCAGCCUCAAGUACCUGAUUUAUAAAAUAUGGUUGCUUGUACAACUUCAAGCAAGCAUUUUAUUCUACAACUAAAGUUCACUUCAGUGCUCGUCUUUACAAUUUUUAUUUAAUUUGUUGCAAUGUACAUUAUGCCCUGAAAAGAGUCUUGUAAUGAUCAUUUUGUAUUGCAAAAUGUAUCUUCAUCUGCUUGUGUAUAACAGUAAUUCAACUUGUAAUAUGUAAUUCUUAUGCUUUUGUCAUAAAAAUCUGCAUAGUUGACAGAUUCUUUGGUUGAUAGAAAUUUUCUUCUCA